AUGAAUAAAAUCAUUAUUGCAUUAUUAUUCUUAAUCACUUUAAGUUUUGUUUUUGCACAAGAUCAAGAACAAACACCACAAAUUAAACUUAUUGAAACCAACGUUCAAGAAUGUAAAGGUAAAAAAGCCAAUAUUGGUGACACUGUUAGCGUUAAAUAUACAGGUAAAUUAGAAGAUGGUACAGUUUUUGACUCAUCAGAAUUACACGGUGGUAUUCCAUUCAAUUUCACAAUUGGUGAACGUAAAGUUAUCCCAGGUAUGGAAAUUGGUACUUUUGGUAUUUGUGAAGGUGAAACUAGAACUUUCUUCAUUCCAUACCAAUAUGCCUAUGGUGAAGAAGCUGUUGGUACCAUCCCAGCAAGAUCAAAUUUAAUUUUCACUGUUGAAGCUGUUUCAAUCGAAUUAGCCCCACCAUUACCAUUACACCAAAGAAUUAUUCCAUCAAAAUCAACCAUUGGUGCCUUUGUCUUUGUUGCUGCUUUUAUUUUCUUAGUUAAAUUCAUCCUUAAACGUUAUCCAGAUGAAAUGAACUCUAAAAAAACCACCACUGUUGGUAAACCAAAGAAAUCAAAAUCAAAAUCAAAUUAA